CUCCAGACGGCCUUCCGCUCCCACAGUUGCUCCAAACUCCCCUCCAUAACUCCUCGUCUGUUUCUUUCGAGGUGGUGUUGCAGGGCGCCUCUACUCAAUUUCUGCUUUAUUCUCUUGGCUCCCCGAUUCGCUAUCUCUGGCUGUUAUGAGCCUGUAGCGAUUUCCGCGACGUUACAUCAAUCCCUUGACUCGCGGUCCAGAGAAUCAUCGAAAAUCAGUGAAAGACGAGAAAGCAUACAGCAAAUUUCCUCAUGGCGUCACCACAAGGGGAUUAUCCUCCGCAGGAAGGGUAUGGUCAGCCGGUCCCCCAGCAAGCCGCGGGGGCUCCUCCCGCUGCUGCUCAGGGUCAAGCUGCUGGGAAAAAGAAGCGAGCAUAUGCCGGCGAGGCUUUUGAGUUUGGCUCUGGUGCCAAUGCUGCCCUAGGGGGACAACUCCCCGCUGGAGGUAGCUAUGGAGCAUACCAUCCGCCGCAACAGCAACAACCUGCCUAUGGAGUUGAUCCGUCCCAAAUGGCCCAAGGAUAUGCUCCGCCUGCUGCCCCAGGUGUCGCGCAGAUGACCCAGCAAUUUGGUGCUAUGGGGGUGACUGAUCCACACCUUAUGCCCCCCCAGUCCGCUCCUCAACCAGCUUCACAGGCUCCGCGACCAGUUCCUCUCAAUCAGCUUUAUCCGACCGAUUUGAUCACCCAGCCUUUCAAUGUUGCCGAACUUGACUACCCUCCACCUCCCAUUGUUUUGCCCCCAGGGACUAGCGUUUAUCCCUCUCCUUAUGCCAACUGCCCUCCGAAAUAUGUGCGGUCAACAUUGAAUGCCGUCCCGACAACCCAUUCGCUUUUGAAGAAGUCCAAGCUUCCUUUUGCCCUUGUUAUCCAACCCUACGCUGCGCUCCAUGACGCCGAAGAUCCGAUCCCUGUCAUCCCAGACCAAGUCAUCUCACGUUGUCGACGCUGUCGAUCAUAUAUCAACCCUUUCGUGACCUUCCUCGACCACGGACAUCGGUGGCGCUGCAAUAUGUGUAACCUGACCAACGAUGUACCUCAGGCUUUUGAUUGGGAUACAACUCUACAAAAACCCGCAGAUCGGUCAUUGAGACCUGAUCUCAACCAUGCGGUAGUGGAAUUUGUCGCCCCCCAGGAAUAUAUGGUUCGCCCUCCGCAGCCCCUUGUCUAUCUUUUCCUGAUCGACGUGAGCUACGCUUCGGUCACCAACGGUCUCUUGGCUACAAGCGCUCGGUGCAUCAAGGAGAGCCUGGACCGAAUUCCAAAUGCAGACCGACGAACCAGGUUGGGCUUUGUUGCGGUUGAUUCUAGCCUUCAUUAUUUCACCAUCCCUCGGGAUGGAUCGGAGAUUUCUGACCCUCGCAUGUUGGUUGUCAGCGACUUGGAUGAACCUUUCCUUCCUAUCCCCGGUGAUCUUCUGGUGACUCUUAGCGAGUGCCGCGAAAACAUUGAGGUGUUCCUUGACAAGCUGCAGGAGAUGUUCCAAAAUACCCAGAACAACGGCUGUGCGAUGGGAUCCGCUCUGCGUGCUGGUUACAAGCUGAUUGCCCCCGUCGGAGGAAAGAUGACCGUUCUUAGCUCUUCUCUGCCGAAUGUGGGACAUGGCUCCUUGACUAUGAGGGAGGAUAAGAAGGUUUUGGGAACGAGCAAGGAGAACAGCUUGCUCCAGACUGCGAAUAGCUUCUACAAGAGCUUCGCGGUGGAGUGCUCCAAGGCACAGGUUUCAGUGGAUAUGUUCCUGUUCUCCUCCCAGUACCAGGAUGUGGCCUCGCUCAGCAAUCUUCCAAGGUAUACUGGUGGUCAAACGUAUUUCUAUCCUGCUUGGAAUGCUGCUCGUGGGGAAGAUGCUAUUAAAUUUGCGCGUGAGUUCUCCGACUAUCUCUCGUCAGAGAUUGGAUUAGAAGCCGUGCUCCGCGUCCGUGCCACCACCGGUCUGCGUAUGAACACGUUCUACGGAAACUUCUUCAACCGUAGCUCCGACCUGUGUGCAUUCCCAGCCUUCCCGCGUGAUCAGGCAUAUGUUGUUGAAGUUGCCAUCGAUGAGACCGUCACGAAACCCGUCGUCUGCCUGCAGACCGCCGUUCUUCACACCACCUGCAACGGCGAGCGAAGAAUUCGAGUUUUGACCCUGGCACUUCCUACCACUCAGAAUUUGGCGGAUGUUUUUGCAUCCGCAGAUCAGCAGGCGGUCGCCACCUUUUUCAGCCACAAGGCCGUUGAAAGGGCGCUUGGAAGUGGUCUUGAACCCGCCCGAGAGGCCAUCCAAGCGAAAGCCGUGGAGUUGCUUUCGACUUACCGCAAGGAACUUGCUGGUGGAAGCGUUGGUGGCGGCGGCCUUCAGUUCCCCGCGAACCUGAGGGGUCUUCCUGUUCUUUUCCUUGCCAUGAUUAAAAAUCUCGGCCUGCGGAAAUCCGCCCAAAUUCCCACGGAUAUGAGAUCUGCCGCCCUCUGCCUGCUCUCAACCCUCCCCCUUCCUCUUCUUAUCCAGUACAUCUAUCCGAAGAUGUAUUCUCUUCACGACAUGCCCGACAGCGCGGGACUGCCCGAUGACCAGACCGGCGAGAUCGUCCUUCCCCCGCCAAUCAACCUGUCUUCCGAACGGAUCGUCCCCUACGGCCUCUACCUCAUUGAUGAUGGCCAGAACCAAUUCCUGUGGGUUGGACGCGAUGCGGUGCCUCAGCUGGUCCUGGACGUCUUUGGCUUCCCUGACAAGUCGCAACUCCGCGUGGGCAAACAAAACCUCCCCGAGCUGGAUAAUGACUUCAACGGACGUGUCCGUGCGGUUAUUGAAAAGAGUCGAGACCACCGGGCCAAGGGUGUUGGUAGUAUUGUGGUGCCACACUUAUACAUUGUCAAAGAGGAUGGCGAGCCUGGGCUCCGGCUGUGGGCACAGUCGAUGCUGGUGGAGGACCGAGCCGACCAGGGUGUCAGCCUGGUGCAAUGGAUGGGCUCGCUGCGGGAAAAGGUUUGAUCCCUCUCCGUUUUCUAGGUUCUAAUUCUUCUUCUCUUUCCCCCCCCCGCCCGCCGUCAUCAAAGUCUACCCAUGUUGCACCUGGAAACAGUUUAGACUGACGAGCUUUGAACCACGAACAGGUUGUUCAGUAAUGAUAGCUUCUACAAAUUUUGGUAAACUAUAUGAGAUAUACAACAAUUCACCUGAAUUCCUAUUCCA